AUGAAUCCACCAACAAUAGUUCGUUUUAUCGAUCGAACAAUAAAAGAGAUUGUUGUCAAUUUAGAAGAUUUUACUGUUGUAUGGCUUGAUUUAGAUUUGAAUAAAACAGAUGAUUGUUUCGAAACAUUACUAGCAUUACGUGAAAUUCUUAAUUAUUUGAAAGAAUGUGAUGAUCCAGAUAAAUCUAUUGACUACAUAACAUCUAUUCAAAAUGAAAAAGUUUUUCUGAUCAUGUCGGGAUCGUUAGGUGAAAUACUAGUUCCAUUUAUUGAAAACGACGAGCGUUAUUCCAUAUUUCAAAAGAUAGAUGGCCUACAUUUACAAUGGUUUCAUUGUUCAUUCACCGUUGAAGCCGUCUGA